UUCAGUGUGGUAAAUGCUGUGAGUAACAGAAAUUUUGAUGAUGUUAGCAGUUCAGCGCACUAUACACUGAGUGGCUGAAAAUAUUAUCAUAUUAUCAUUGUCAGCAUUGCUGAUACAAAAGACUGUCACCUUCUUCUCGCCAGGCAUUUUCUCUAGCCAGAAGAACUUAAACCCGAAGGGCAAUGGCAGCAAUUGUUACUGGUCUGAUCCCCAUUCUCCACACUGCAGUAGAUGCCGCCACCACCACCUACAAAGGGCGCACCGUCUGGUUCGGCUUUCUCUGUAUUCGCCUUGUGACUCUUUUUGUUGCUGAAAUGCCUUGGUUUAAACUGAACUCCGACUUCAGCUGCAUCAUCACCAAGGACAGCAUGUGCACUCGAGCCUGCUUUAACCAGCACUUUGAUAAGCCUGUGGUAAUGGCAUGGAACUAUAUUUUCAUCCUCCUCAUCCUGUCUGUCCUGCUCAUGGAGCUUUUCGCUGCCCACUUGUACACAGCUUUUGAGAAGAGCUCUCUAGAGAACUGUGAGAAAGACUGUGAGCUGAAAAGUGCAAGUGACUCUGGCAAUAGCACAGCUAGAAUAGUGAUCCUAGACAUGCACCAAAGCAGGAACGCUUUGUUCUUCUACUUGUUUAAUGUUGCUCUGCGAGUUUUGGUGGAGAUUUGGUUUGUGUAUAUUCUGCUUUAUUGGAACUUGUCUAAACUAAACCAAGGGGCAUUCAUAUGUAAGAGUACCACUUUUGGAUGCCCAGAUCAGCAGUGUUUGGUGAGUGGUUCUGCUGAGAAAUCCAUGUCUAUCUAUGCUCUAUUGUCCAUUUCUCUGCUGAUCAUUAUCAGCCAUUGUGUCUUCUGUGUCCAUUUAAUCAGCCACUACCUGUGUAACUGUAGUACCACGGAUUCCUACAGUGUGUAACUUCCCUGUUUGCAAAAUAUGUUUUGGUGUCUCUGAACAAUUAUGGUCUUUUAUUCAUGUCUUUCUUUGUUCUGUUACAAAUCUUUCAGUCCAAUGUUACUUUGUAUGAAAUUGCAUGAAUUUCACUGAAUUAACUGGUUUGCUGAGUUUUAUUGAAUUAUGAAAUGUGUGGCA